AUGCGUGGUGGCGGUCGUGGUGGAUAUGGAGGAAGCUUCCGAGGUGGAUUUGUUGGGGCCAAUCGUGCAGCCACCUGCUACAAAUGUGGCGGACCCAAUCAUUAUGCUCGCGACUGCCAAGCUCAGGCCAUGAAGUGCUAUGCCUGUGGGAAGUUGGGUCAUAUUUCUCGUGACUGCACGGCGCCCAAUGGUGGCCCUCUCAACUCUGCUGGAAAAGUCUGCUACAAGUGUGGCAUAGCAGGGCACAUUUCUCGCGAUUGUACCUCCAAUGAAGUCAAUGGGACUGUUGCUGACGCGGCUACGACACCGGCAGCGGCGACAGCAGCAGCAGAGCCUGUUGCCAUACCCAGCGUUCCAGCGGCUCCUGCAACCGCCACCGUCACUUGA